GGGACAGUGGAAGGUGUCCCUGCCCAUGGCAGGGGGUGGCACUGGAUGAACAUUUGUGUCUUGCUCCUGUCACUAAACAGUGUCUUUUUAGAAUCCUUUAUCUAGUACUUAGAUGAGAUUCAGCUUCUUAUGUAUUGGGGGUUUUUAUCUUCUGGGAAAAGGAAAGUUAGAAAAGGCUUCAACAGAAGACUCCUCAGACUGUCUGUGGGUUGGACCCUGUGCUGAGGGGUGGGGUGGCUCAGUGCAUAAACUUGGCUUCAGCUAGAAGAGGACACCUAAAACCACCAUGGGAACACCUGGGACGUGCCAGAGGUGAUUUCUGAGCCCCAAAAAAGUGGUUUUGGUCAACGAGCAACACGAUUGCGCAGAGCUGUCCAUUGGCUGCUGCUUUCAGAUUGGCACAUUGUCAUGUUUGCAUUUUAUAGACACAGGGUAUUUAAUCAAAAAACGGAUGGAAGGAAGUUGCCAACUUCUUUCCUAUCAGUGGCACAUCACAAGACUCUAAAUUUAGCUGUGUGUUUCCAGAGGGGAAGUGGUGUAAGUCCACAAGUCAGCUGAGCAGCACUGAGCUCCUGCCGAUGGAAGUGGAAUUUGGUUCUGAUUUUGUUCCGCCCAGCACAGCCCUGACCCUCUGCUCCUCCCCGUGCCCUGCUCUGGCAGUCAGCAGCUCCUCGGCACCGUACUGUGGUCAGAAACAUCUCAAUUCAUUUUCAGACAUCCUCUUUUAGACUUAGCCCUUGCUUUGUGUUCAAAAACCGCACCCUUUCCCAGUGGGGUCACUUCUGUUUUAUGAGGAAAAAGAGCCGGGGAACUACAUCAUGAGUGCGUCAGACUUUUUCUGCAAGGACAGCAGUGAGGAAAGAGUGUGUAAGUAUCUGCCCUCUCCCAGCAGCUGUAGCAGGAGAGCUCUGGGCUCGGGGAAAUCCUCCUCGGACCCGACUGGGCUUGGUAAGUUGGGCUUUUUGUGCCUUUCUCUUUUCCUUAUACUUUGUUCCAGAACGCGGGAACCACUUGCUUUAUUCGGAGGGGAUCCGUUUUUCCAAGGUUACCAUAUUUUAGCUCUUCACAAGCACUUUCAAAGCAAUAAACCAAAAUUUAUCAGCAGGGAAGGAGCUGGGUACCUUGAGCUCCUACAGACCAGGAUAAGGACCUGGUUACCCACAUCCUACAAGGCACACAGCAUUCCAAGUUCCAUCGACCUUUAGCAAGAUUUGGACUGCCAAGUAUUCGUCUUUUUUUGGAGAUUGGUUUACCAAGUCCCUGAAGUGCUGAAGAAAGUGUUGCCCUGCUUUUUGCAUAUGUAAAUAACUCUGUAGAUAACCAGGUCUCCUGCCUUUCCUGCCUGUUUUGGCCUCAAAAUUCCAAUAUUACUUUCAGCUUCAGGGAGGGAACAAUAAAAAACCCCAAAAUAAAGAACCCCACAAAAAUAAAAAAUCAAACAGUUGUGCUGUACUAACGUGUAAAUUUCAGGGGGAAGGUGAAAAUUUCUGUCUCGCAAAUAACUGAAGUUUUAGAAUAUCUCCUGGAAGGAGCACUGGGAUUGAAAAGUGACCCAGUGUAGCGAGUUUCAAAUAUACCAGGGUGUACAGGCAUGGUGAAAAGUGUUGAGCCACAAGCACCCUUUGGGUAUGUGGAUACUUUGAUUAUGAGAGAUUAAAAGGAUAUUUGAAGAACUGAAUGAUUUUCUUAGGUUCAUGUUUCCCAUUCCUCCAUAAAAGCAGCGGUGAUGAUCUCUUCAGGGAGUUCAGGUCGGACUCUCAGUGUGAAGAUUCCCAUUGAUUUUAACAGUCAAUGAAUUGGAAAGGAAUGAUAAGGAAUCAUUAAAUGUAGUAAAUUAUUUUGAGCCACUUAUCUCUUCACUAUUAUCACUGUUGGGGAAGGCAAAUUAACUAUUUAUGUCUUUUAAGUUCAUCAUUAAGAGGGACUCCAAAUACAUUUGAUCUGCAUUUUGAAUACAGUUUUAUUAUACUUGCAGAACUCUCAGUAUCUUUUGAAGCUCCUUGGCACCUCACAGGAGGGCUCAAGUCAGAAACAACCUCUAAAUAUGAAUUUAAUCUUUAUUUCUUUUCUGUGUCACCUCUUUAGCUCUUGGAAAUUGUUGUCUUCUAAUGGAAAACAUUGAUUGAUUACUGAUGGUAUUGAUACUGACAAGUAAAAUGAUUUUGCUGAUUUUUACAGCUUAUAAAGUACAAUCUGUCCCAAGUAGCCAUGAUGCAGAAGAGACCUGGGAUGUUACAGAUGAAGCAGCUGAUUAAUGCCCUCCCUGUAUCUUCAGAAUGAUUUUUGUGGACAUGUCCUGGGGCUCCAUGGAACUCUGGUGAUCCCUGUUGCUCACACUUGUCACCAUGCUGGCAGAAGGCAUCCUAACGAGGCUCAUCUAUAAAGAAAGCUGUCAUCCAGAUAAGCCUCGCAAAUCUCCUGCAUCCCAAAAGGCUAAAGAGGGAAUCUGGAGACAGAAACUUGUAGACAUCCCAAAAAUUAAAGGCUUUGCUGAUGGAUGUGAGAAGCAGGGGGAGCUCUCUGCCAGAAGCAGCAAAGUGGAAGCCAGGAGCGGCCCUCGAUGGGGAUCCAUAGAAAAGGAGCCCUCAAAAGGUCAGGAAAUGCUGGCUAAAGGAACUGCAUCCCCAGCUUUACAUAUCCCCAAGAGAGGAGGAAGCCUAGACCGGGUGGAUUUGUACAGAUCCUGGCCAUGCAACAGCAUUUACCAGAACUAUCCUGACCUGCAGAUCGGGGGGGACUGUGUGGGGGGCCACACGUGUGACUCCGGCUGUGUCCUGGACCAUGUGUGGGAUGAACUUCCCGACGGCCCCGUCCUGCUCUCCAUAGAUAUUCCCCUAGGUCAGUCCCCCAUUCCGUGUGAGCAUCCCAAAAAUCCCAGUGUGAUGUCCCUGCCUGGAGAUGAAGCUGGAGAAAGGAGCAUUGUGCUCAGUGAGGAGCCUCUUUCCAACUCCACACUCAACAAGUACAUGGAAGCCAAAGUGGCAGAGCUCUACAAACAGUUUUUUGAAGAAAGCCUGGCCAGAUGUGGUUCCAUAACAAACCUCCUCGCUGGCAGCUGGAUAAGGAACAGCCUGGACCAGAUAAGUGUUCAGAUCUCCCAGGAGCAGAACAUAGAAACAUCCAAAGCCAGAGGAGCCCUCUUGCACUCGUUGGCUUUGUUCAGCUCCCUCAACGCUCCCAACAGGAACAGCUCUGAGUUCAGCACGCCAAACCUCCAAAUCUCCAACAUAGUGGGUGCAAAAUGGAGCUGCAGGAUGGACUUCACAUCCUGACUGAGCUGCUGAGCUCAGGAGAGGGAUGGGAUUCGGGUGUGAAUGUUUCACUCCAAGGAUUAGGUUGGGAAAUGGGAACAUUUACACACUACACUUGUUGUAAUUAAUAUUUUAAGGCUUAAACCCCUUUGGUAGCAAGGGAAGUAAAGGUCACUGUUUUCCAUUUUCUAAUGGAGAAUUUGAAAUUAAUUUCUCUCCAAAAUACUGGUUAAUUGUGUUUCUAUAAUAUAUAUAUAAUCAUAGAACUGUUGGAAAUGAGCACUGAGAUCAUCAAGUCCAACCAUUAACCCAGCGCCACUAAACCAAGUGCCACAUCCACAUGUGAAAGCAUUUAAUUUUCUGCAAAAUCAGCAAGCAAAGAUGACUGCAGCAUUCCUGAAAAAGUAGUGCAAGAUUCCUGCAUCUGCAUUUGGAAAUUUAAGUGCAGAUUUUGGUAUGGAAAUACUGUUGUUUAGCUUUCAAACACAUUUUCUCCCCUUGCUCUUGCUUCUCAGAAAAUAUUUCAGCUGGAAAUUACUCAUUAUGUCAUCACUGUAAAAUGAUAGAUGAAUUGGACUGUUACCUGCUCUGCAGAAGUUUUUUCUAAUAAAGUUUUUUUGUUGGGUGUU